AUGCUCCAUCUCGCGGGACCCGAUGUUCAAGAUCUUUUCCUUACCCUACCGAACACGGGAGAUGUGAAAGAUUACCGGAAAGCAUACUUUGCUCCCAAAGUGGACUCUACGUAUGCUAGACACUGUUUCAGACAGCUAGUUCAAGCACCAGGGGAAACAAUCCGACAGUUUGCAACCAGACUCAGACGAGCAUCGAAAGAUUGUGACUAUGGCGAAGACACAGGCAACCAAAUUCGUGAUGAAAUCCUCUGCAAGUGCACCAGCACGUACAUAAAACGAAAACUCCUGGAAGAACGUCAAGGCCUCACUUUAUCUAGAGCCCUUGAAAUCGCCGAGAACUGCGAAAAAGUCGACGCACAGCUUGCUACAAUGACCAUAGAAGAAAAGAGAGAGAAUUCAGCUAGUGUAAACCGCAUAAAGGGAACAAAGAGAGACCAUGGCAAGAGAAGUCAGUCACGAGGUACCAAAACCGGCCGUGAGAAAACUUGUCACCGAUGUGGUAGAACCGGACAUUUCGGUCGAGAUUCCAACUGUCCAGCAAGAUGUCAAUUCUGUCAUCGAUGUGGGCUGGAAGGACAUUUUCAAGAGCAGUGUAGGACAAAGCAGAAAGAUGAAGAAAAGCAAAAACAAACCAAAGGCCACAGGAACCCCAAGGGAGGUGCUGCAAAUAUGGUUGGUUCCCACGACAAAGAAGAGGAACCAGUGUAUGCCUUUACGGUAGGAGGCACGAAUGAGGAGAAAAUUGAAGUAACCGUUGGAGGUUGUAAGUUGAACAUGAUCAUAGAUUCUGGAGCAAGCACUAACAUCAUUGACAAAGAGACAGGGGAGUGGUUGAAGAAAAACAAAGUGAAGUGUGAAUCAGCUCGCUCGAGUAGGAAACUCUAUGCCUACGCAUCCCAGACACCACUUGAUGUGAUAGGAACACUCUCCUGUGAAGUCUCUGCAGGAAGCAACACUGCUAGUGCCAAGUUUUGUGUGAUCAAUGGUGAAGGAGACCCCCUUCUGGGGAAGGGCACUGAAAUNGCAAGCACUAACAUCAUUGACAAAGAGACAGGGGAGUGGUUGAAGAAAAACAAAGUGAAGUGUGAAUCAGCUCGCUCGAGUAGGAAACUCUAUGCCUACGCAUCCCAGACACCACUUGAUGUGAUAGGAACACUCUCCUGUGAAGUCUCUGCAGGAAGCAACACUGCUAGUGCCAAAUUUUGUGUGAUCAGUGGUGAAGGAGACCCCCUUCUGGGGAAGGGCACUGAAAUAGUUUAG